CGUUGCGUGCAGACAGAUUAAGUUCCUGAUGUCUGAACUUCUGCACAUUAAAGAUGGAAAGAUAACAGUUCUUAUUUAAACAAAACUCGACACGAAUGGUUCUCAGUGAAGAAGCUCUGCAGUUCGUGAUCUGAUGGCAGAUGUGUGCAACUGACACGACAGUACACAGUAAACCCUGAUGAAAGCAGUCGACCCGCUCGCCAGCACCCAUCUGUGACCUGUCUUACCUGUGCGAUCCACUCCAAAUCAUUCUACAAUGAUCAACAAACAGGUUUGCCUGCAUUACAACUACGCAGGGAAACUAAACAAUUGUAAUGACACCAAAGGCACCCCGUUGGACCCCGAAACUGCAGUGUUUUUGGUCAUCAGCAGCCUCAUCAUCUUGGAGAACCUGAUAGUGCUGUUGGCCAUCUGGCAAAACCACAAAUUCCAUAACCAGAUGUUCUUUUUUAUUGCCAACCUGGCUCUGUGCGACUUGUUAGUUGGCGUGACUUAUAUAGUCAACCUGCUGAUGUCAGGAAAGCAGACGUUACACUUGACUCCAGCCAAGUGGUUUGUUCGAGAAGGGAGUACGUUUGUAGCACUAAGUGCUUCUAUUUUCAGCUUACUUGCAAUUGCGAUCGAACGCCACCUCACUAUGAUCAAAAUGAGGCCUCAUGAUGCAAAGCAAAACUACCGGGUGUUUCUGCUCAUAGGAAUGUGCUGGUUAAUCGCUAUCACUCUAGGAGCACUGCCUAUUUUAGGCUGGAACUGUUUAGGUGAUCUUCCUCAGUGCUCGACCAUCUUACCUCUUUACAGCAAGAGCUACGUCACGUUCUGCAUCACUAUCUACAUCUCCCUCCUGCUGGCCAUCUCCAUCCUCUAUGUCCACAUUUACGCCAUGGUCAAGAGCAGCAGCCGCAAAGUCACCAGUCGCAGCAACUGCGAGCACUCCAUGGCGCUCCUGCGCACCGUCAGCAUCGUGUUGGGCGUCUUCAUCACCUGCUGGACGCCCAUCUUCGUGCUGCUGCUCGUCGAUGUGGCCUGUGGGAACAAAAAGUGCCCGGUUCUGCUUAAAGCCAAUUGGCUUGUGACACUAGCCAUCUUGAAUUCCGCCAUGAACCCUGUCAUCUACACGCUGGCCAGCAGGGAGAUGCGCCGGGCGUUUUUCAGGCUCAUGUGCGGGUGUCUGCUGGGGGACGGCGCCACAGGGUGCAAGCAGAACAUGGACCCCAGCCAGAGCAAAUCCAGCUCCAACUGCCCUCAGGCAGCCGAACAGGAAAACCCAGACGCCAACGCACACAAUCAGACUAACACAAGCUGAAAUGCACACUACUGCAUUAGUGCAUGGGAUAGAACUUUAGUGUGCACUUUUUAAGUGCAUACUAAAGUGCACAAUAAAGCAUCAGCACGUUAAGUGCAUACUGAACGGUGGAAAAAUGUCCUGAGAUCCCAACCACUCUGUUCUCACACUGCAAAAAAGGUUUCUUACUCAGUAUUUUCGCGGUUUUUCUGUGCAAAUAUGUAAACAUUCUUAAAUCAAGACAUUUAAUUAAGAAAUAAGAUAAGUCAUGUUUUCUAAAAAUUUUACCAAAAUUUAAGUUAAGUUUUUGGUU